AAAUUUCUGUCGGAACGAUUUGACACGGAAUCAAUAAAUUUUUAAUACAAGUGCAGGAUGUCUUUCAACAUUGAUGAUAUUUGCAAAAAUCUUCAGUCGGCUGAUCGUUGUACCAAACUUGCGGCAUUGGAGCUCCUGAAACGGCAAGGCGAAAACACAUCUACAUCACAAUUGCAAGUAUUAUUCGACAAUACCUAUUUGCAUUUGCUUAAAUGCUACGCGGAUCGCUUUGAGAGUGUAAGGGAACGUGCGGUGCAUACUGUAACUGAAUUUACAAAACAACUACCAGCAAAUGACUUCCAUUUGUUGAAUAUUGUAUCAACAUUAGUGGAACGCAUGGGACAGCAAGAAACUUUGGAGUCAAGUGAGGAAAUACGUUUGCUGUACAUAACGCAAUUGCAUGCGUUAAUACAACAAUACAUAAUUGCCGGAAAGAAACACUCGCUUGAGGAGUGUUAUACUCAAAUCACUGGUAUUUUAGCAAAGGCUUUACGCGAUGCUUAUCCUGCUGUCCAACGCGAGUCUUGUGCUUGUGUGGUUGCACUGACAAGCGCAGCUGAUACUUUAAUACUACAGCCGUUUACUCAGCAAUUAGCAAAACCACUUUAUGGAAUUUUAAAUCACAAACAUUCAUUGGCCCGCAUAGCAGCAGUUGAAGCCCUUGGAUGUCUAGCAUUGCAUGUGGAUCCUAAAAAUGAUAACCUAUCACAGUUGCUAAUGGAAGUAUCGCCAUUGUUAAUGGAUUCGAUGCCGCUGGUACGCAGUGAAUGUGGGAAACUAGGAGUGCUGUUAUUGCUAGAAUUGAGAGACCGGUACUCCUAUUUUGACCGACUUAUACCAUUUGUUUUGUGUUGCUUGAAAGAUGACUCUCCUGAAGUAGUAGACUCAAUCCGACCACGAUGGAUUCAAUGCGGUAAGCAAUACUACGAAGAAAACGAAGAGGAAUUAAGUAAACAGGAAAUAGCAGACUUGCCUGUUAAAAAUUACCCAUCCGGCGUUGAGCGCCCAACAAUUGGUUGUCGUAGUAUAGUACAACGUUCAUUACGUCUGUUGGGUCUCAUCACACGUGAGUCAACUGAUUGGAAGGUGAAUGUUCGGCUUCAUUCCCUAAAGCUGUUGUAUCAAUUCGUACUCCAUGCCGAAGCUGCGAUGACUGCAAAAUUCUUCGAGAUUUAUCCAGACCUAGCACGUGCCUGCCGGGACCCAGACGUUAUUGUUGCACGAGAGGCAUUGAAAGUAGCUGAUUUGAUGGGUCGUCUUCUCUCCUAUGAUGAUUGGAUAGAGCAUGGUUUCGAUGGUUUAGCAAAGAAUGCUAAGGAGGGCUAUUUAAAAUGCUUUUACUACAUGUUUACUGCUAGUUUGGGCCCCAAAAUUAAUGAUAUUAUUCGGGUUUCCGAAAUGUUAGUUGAAAGCGAUUUUUCCCAAACACUUAAGCCGGAAUUUCAGUUAUAUGUACUGAAAAUGGUGGAAACGUUAAUCUUCAAAUCAGAUGAAAUUGAAAAAAAUUCGACUGCUGAGAGCCUAGAGCAGUUGAAGGAAGCAAACCAAAAGCUUAAUUUAAACAUUUAUGUUACAACUAUUAAGGUUUUAGCGUUAUCCUUAGAUUCUGAACAACCAAAUGCGGGAGAAUUGCAAGAAAUGGGGCAUCACAUUAUUGGCGUAAUAGCUGAUCGAAGGAAAAUAAACAUUGCCUCUUUGCACGAGGAGUGUUUUGCUAGAGUCUUAAACUACGUGCAAAAUCUAGAUGCAUUUUUAGAUGAACUUACCGAACCAAUUCUACUCCUACACGGCUUGCUAAGUGUAGCUAAACUACGGUCGACCUACUUGGAGGACUUACAGAAGAAAAUAAAUUUAGUUUGGGAAAACUGUGCUGAUUCCGCAAAAGUCAAGAUAUUCAGUGGCAUAUCUAUUGCCAUGUUGCAAUGGUCAGAAACUAUCAAUCGCCCUGUGGACGAAAGCACAGAACUUUUGCGCACCUUUGUAAUGUCAGUGGUUGAGCCACAUUUGGAAUGGCGUGCGGGUGCAAAUGCCGAGUCCAUGCGUUCACUGGCUAUGGCUACAUUAUGUUCGAUGUCACAAGGUGCCGCCGAAGAAGCCCGUUAUGUGUUGCCAGAAAUCGUUGGUAGGUAUCUGCCAAGUUUACUCGAAGAUCGCGCAGUCGCAACACGUCAUUAUUCAGUUAAGUGUCUAUUCAAUUUCGGAGACGUCGCCGUAGAUCAGUUAAAACCCAUAGCCUACGCUACUUUACAACGCCUAGAUGAUCCAUCGGCCGGCAUACGUGAAUUGGCUGCUAUGGUGAUUCCCAAGUUAAGCCCAAAAUUCAAAAAAGCAAAAGGUGAAGAAGGUGAUUAUGAACAUGAAAUUUGGGAAACAUUCAUUAAAAAAGCUUUAGACAUGAUGUUUCUACAUUAUGAGGGUCCAGAAGUCCGUUUGCGAAAGGCCAUUAAAGGAACCAUUGCUCAGCUGGCGGAUAAGUACCCAGAAAUAUGCAAAGAUAGCUAUAAACGUACUGCUGCCAUGGCAUACAACAGCAUAAGUUUGCUGGAAUUGCAAUCCGAACUUCCGAUUUUAGAUUAAUUUAAUUGUAACUAAUGUAAUUUAUUUUAGAUUUAUUAAAUCUAGUUAAUACGCAAGCCAUG